AAUAACCCUAUCAUGUAUAAAUAUUCAAAACGAAAAUAAACUCCCAGUUAGUGAACAGUGUACAAAGGACAAACCAUAUUCUUAAAUAUAGUUGUUAUCUAAAGUUCGUUUCUUUCUUGAAAUAAUAGUAGUGCGAAACAUAAAAUGGACACAGAGACCGAGUACUACAUGAGAAUUAUUUUGCUCAUUUUUAAAGCUGGGACGAUGACCUGUAGAGGCAUUAUUAAAAGAGAACUUACUAGUGUCACACUCGAUCAGAUUUUACAACCGCAUGAGCCAAAGUUGAAACAUAAACUUUUAAAAGCACAGUGUUUGCUGUUAUUUCCAAAACAAGGUCAAGCCGAUCCUGAGGACUUUGAUCUUUCUUUGCUGCUUGUUGUAUUGUUAGAUGUUUUGAACAUUCCACAUGAUGAAAGACAAGAAAUUGAAUCUCUUAAAGAAAUGAGAAAUAAAAUAAUUCAUGACAGAAAGGUGUCAUUAGACAAAGUUUCAUACACGGCGAUGAAGACGACCCUAGAGAACUCAUUGUCAAAAUUAUCAAAAGGUCUUCAGGCAGAGAUACAGAAAGAGUGUACAGAAAUGAUUCAUAAGUUCUUGACCGAGCCCCUUGAUGAGACUGCAGCGCUUCAAUAUGUCCAUGGCAUACGAAAUGAUGAAGAAAUACUUCAGAGGGUCCAUGAAAUGCUAGAAGAACAAACGUGGACAUUCGUUAAGGAGAUAAACAAAUUAGAAAAUCGAAUGGAGACAAAGUUCGAGAAUAUGAAACAUGAUCAAGAAACAGUCUUUGAUAAAAUGAUCAAAACUAUGAAAGAAUGUCACGAAAAAAAUGAAAGCCGAAAGGAUGCGGAAAAAUGCGAUACUACAUCUUCCGCCCUUUGCGAGAAAUGCCUUGAAGAUUACAUUUCCAGCACAGCGACAAUUUACUGUCACAGUUGCAGUCAAUUUCUAUGCCAUGAUUGUUACCAGUCAACACACGUCAAAUCCCUAUUUCUUAGCAUGAAGAAUCAUCACUUACAAAAUGCGGGAGAUGCAGCAAAAAAAGAGGUGAAUAUGAAAGGUAUGGAUAUGUGUAAUGUACACAGUGUAUACUAUACUUGUUACUGUAAAAAACACGAAAAGUUGUGUUGUGACAAAUGCCUUCCUGAGAAACAUCAUGGUUGUCGAAACAUUGUUGACAUAAAGAAAAUCGCAAUAAGUUCUGCCAACUUUAUGCUAGAUCCAGUCGCAGAAAUCAAACGUCUACAUGAUGAUACGAUUUCAAUGGAGGAAUGGAUUGCGUCAUUUGAGAAGAAACUGAACACACAAUUACAAGAACUGCCAUCAAUCCUACAAGAAAAAAGGACGAGACUGAUAGAAUUGUUUGACAAAAAGGCCAGGAUGCUCACAACUGAAGCAGAAAUGAUUCAUGGAGAAAAAAUGUCACAAAUUCAAAAGAAUCGUUCUCAAUGUAAAGAGCUUAUUGAUAACACCGAACAGACAAAACGUUCAAUGAUACGCAUUGCAGCCAAUGGAACCACUGACCAAAAAUUUAUUGCAUAUCGCAGACUAAAUGAUCAAAUAAAAACUUUUCAGGACAGCUUUGCUCGUAUAAGAGAAAUGUAUGAGAACUCACCUGGCUUAGUUGAUAUCAAAAGUUUUGAAGAAAACGUGUAGAUCCUUCGAUCAAUGUUGAUUGUGCGAGGUAAAGACAUUUACUGGCGCUUGUGCAACCAUAGACUGAAAUAUGCUAUUAUGCAAGGUUCAUGCAUCCCAUAAAUAUCUGUAAGAUGUAAAAAAAGAAGUUUUCUGAUAGAAAAUGUACAUACACUGUAUACAGUUGUUAGCCUUUUAUUAUUGAAAUUACUUAUAGUUUAUUGGUAUAUCCUAAAAUAAUUAGAGACACUAGCUUUGAA